UAGUGAAAUACUUGUCAGGCACCAACCUAUCUCCUGCUGCAGCUGAUUUACUAGCACACAAGCUACGUUUCACUGACUUGUAGUUGUCAAAUCAAAUGGCUGAUCGGUUGCUAGUGGCAACUGCAGCAGUGCAAUUUAGCGCCUCUGUUAGUGAACCAUAUCCAGCGCGUUUUGGGGCAUUUCCAUAGUCCAAUAUGAUCCUGAGCAUUGGAACAUUUUAGCGCCGUUGGGUAUACUCUGCGGCCUUUCCUAAAAUCAACCCGUCCUUCACAAGCAAGUUUGUAGCGGAUCUGAAUGAGCUGAAAGAUCACGCAUCAGACUGCGCUUGUUAGUUCCGGGGGAAGUACCUGUGCUUUGUCAAAACGACUUCCUGGUUCUUCUGACGCACAGCCUGCCGGGAUCGUCUAAUCCCCUGUACCAUGAGCAGUGGUAUAAGGCGUAUGUGCCAUGAUGCCAUCACGCAGCAACGCAGCAGCGGGAAUAACAAAGAGCAAAGUGAAGUACUCUAAGCUUUCUAAUACAGAUGACGGAUACAUCGGCAUUCAGUUUAAGAAGAGCCCUUCAAAAAUCCCUUACAAAGCCAUUUCUCUGGCAACAGUGCUGUUCCUAAUUGGUACUUUACUUAUUGUGAUUGGGUCUCUACUUUUAACUGGAUACAUCAGCCCAGGGGGAAAUGAGCGAGCAAUCCCAGUCCUGAUCAUUGGCAUACUUGUUUUCCUGCCUGGGUUUUAUCAUCUCCGCAUUGCGUACUAUGCCUUCCAAGGGUAUCGGGGUUACUCCUACGAUGAUAUUCCAGAUUUUGAUGACUGAGAAGACAACGUACAUUUUGUGGAUUAGUACAUUGCAGUGCCCUGGUAGGAGUAGACCUACUUUAGGAGAGACCAGUUAAUGCAGAGGAUACAUAUUGCAUAGGUCUAAGAGUUUGUCAACUACAACACGAGGCCCUGGAUUUAUUCGUUAUUAAGAAUCAGAACAAAUAAACAGGUUGUGGCGUAAAUGACACAAAUCGAUCAACUGGUAGGAGGUUUCUUCCUCAAACUCAACAUAGUUCCGUACGAAAAUACUUGGAAAAGUUUCAGAUGUAUAAGGGAAUAUAUGUAGAAAUGGUUAUUCUCGCAUACUAAUUGCUGUGUAAAUCAAUUCCAGUUGCAGUUUUUAUUACCAUUACAUUUUUUUUAUUACCAUUACAUUACAGACGGAAAAAAAUACAGUUUAUCCUUUUUAAUAUAUUUUUUCUGAAAUGGACGGUAAAAGGUAUGUUGUAUGGACAAGGCCAUUCCUUAUUUGCAUGUUAAAUCCCCUUUGAUUUGGAUUAUUACUGUAAAGAUGUACAGCCAUGCUUAUAGCAUAGCACUUUAUAAAUAAACAUACAGUAUAUGUA